AUGGAAAACCAAUUACAUGUUGGACAUAAACUCUGCAUCAACCAGAUGGUUCUAAGUUGUCUUUACGAGUAUUUAGGAGAAGGUGUCGAAACCCUCAAGAAGAUUCAACUAGGACCGAACCUACUACUUGCUGGUCCAUAUUGGUUGCUUCAAUUAUGGCUUAAUGCUACCUUCGAAACAUCAUUAUCAUCCCACAACAUAAUCAAUAAAGAGGAUGACGACAUCAAAAAUAGAAGAUUCGAAGGAACACACCUUGUCCAACUGACUCCUAAUGAUGAAUGGUUGAACUUACAUAAAAAAUUUACUGGGACAGAUCCAAGAAAGGUGAUUAAUGUUGAUCCUGAACCUACUGCCAAGAACCCUGAACGAAUCGAGAGUGAUAACUCCAGUCCUGGUGUUGAUGCUCUUAAGGACGGCACAGACGGUACUGAACAAUCAAGCAUUAAGCAUGUUAUCCCUGGGAAUUCCAAUACUCAUUUGCACCAUCCCUUAUCCAACAAAGAUUCAAACAAAGGGUCAACGAGCGAAGUGAAUAAACCUGCUGACAAACAACAAGAGGUUUCUCCUCCAAAGAACACUACCCAACACUCGCAAACCACUGGCUCCGAUAGCGAAGAUGGAGAAGAAAAAGAGCAUCACCUCAUAGAUAUCCCGGAAACCAUUGAUAUCCAAAAUCCAAAGGAAAAUGUCCAAGACAAAACAGACGACUCUUUGCCAAAAAUCCUCAACCAAGGCGAAGAUGUCCUAGACAAAGAGGAAGACGAAGAUGAAGAUGAGGAUCACUCUAUGUUCGAUAUCCCUAUUGACCCUCUGGAAGAAGAAGAGGAUGGUAAUGCGAACCCAAGUGACGUACCUACCAACAACCAAAACCUUGGCUCUGCCAAAGCUUUCAAAACCCCUUCGACUAGUACAAUUGUUGCCUUCUCUCUGGAAGAAUUGGAGACCUUAAAUAAGAAUAAGCCAACAGAAUAUUUGAAGGCGAUCAUGAGCACAAGGGGUAGCUCGACUGAUAAAUUCUCAAGUUCCUCCACCGUUUUCUGGUGGUCAGUCUACAAAUGA